UUUUAGAUUCCACAAAAGUCCAAAUUUAUCGUACCUUUCAGGCUAGAACCAACUGUACACAUUCACAAAAUUUCAUUGAAAUCGAUUGAGUGGUUUCGAAGAUUAGCAUGUACGAACACAUUGACAUGUGAUUUAUUUAUUUAUACAUUAAGAUAUGAUAUAAGUUAGGUACUUAUAUGGGGGCUCAAGAAUCUGCUUAUCGUGAUUUGAUUGAGCAGUAAUCUACGUAAAAUGGUAAUUACUAGUGUCAGAAACAUAUUAGAUUAAUACUGUUGCGUGCUACAAUUAACAGUAAGUUUUGACGACGACUGCUCAUUCGAUGAAACAGGUUGAGUUUCGGUAUUGUUGAGAUGUCCUUUGUUUACAAUUGGCAUUUUCAGUGUGCUCCGUAUCAUUGUGAAAAGCUGCAGAGUGGUAGUUUUCGUGAAAAUGCAUGGAGUAUCUCAAAAAGGGAACUCAUAAUGACUAGCUUCGUUGUUUAGUAUUGCAGAACAGUUUUGUUUACCGAAAACUUCAGCACGAAAUCAAAAAGAAGUAACCAUCAGUAAUUAUCUCCACAUGCUUAUCGAGUUUUAUUUUCUCAUAUCAUCGUCUUAAUAAAAAUAAUACAUUUCAAUUACUUGCAAAAAAAAUGUUUUCGGAUUCAUAUAAAUACCAAUGGUGAUCAUUAAAUAUGUUUCUGGAAUUUAUAUCUGUAGAAAUAAAUCCGUAUGGAACAAUUGUCCUUGAAGAGCAAUCCGAAAAAGCUUGGAACAACGACAUCCACUGGGUUAGACUAUUAAGACUUUCAAACGAUUGUCAUAGUUAUAAUAUCCAAUUAAAAUUGCAAUCUCAGCGAUCGUUAAUCAAGGAACAAAUUCCCCCAAAAUUAAUUCUGCAAACUGUUCGAAAUAUCGAACCUGGGCAGGAACUACUACUAUGGUUCUCAGAAGAAAUUUUGGCAUUGAUACAAAUGUCGUUUCUAACACCAAACAAUAUCCAAGGCCAAAAGAAGUACGUAUGCAUGUACUGUUCAGUUCUUUACGAAUCUCCCAAUCCUUUGAAAAUUCACAUAACAUUGGGAUGCGGGCGACAGUCUAUCUCGACACUAUGGGAAAAACUAUCAAACGCUCUUACCAUUAACCAACCAUCAGAAGAACAAGACUGGAAAUCGACCCAAAUGUUCUGCUUCAAAUUGGCGCCUUCGAAAUUUCGAAAACAAAAUAGUGCUUUAGACUUAACAACAUCCACAUUUGCCCAAGAAGAAAGACCCAAUUCUCAACCAUCCAAAUUUGAAAACAAUACCGUAAUUGAAAAUUGUAGAUCUUUGUACAGGCCCUUCUCAGAACCAUCGGCAAAUGGUAUUUCAGCUUUCAAACCAUUUCAAAAACUAGAACCAGGCAAUUUAUUAGCUUCCUCUUAUAUUCCGGAUUUUUCAUCAACAUUUGAGAGAUUUUCGCGUUAUGGAGAGACCACGGGGCAACACUGUCACGAUGAAGCCCAUAUAGAAACUAUCGUAAGCAGUCUGGGGAAAUCCAAAGAUGGACAUGUAUGCAUUUAUUGCGGAAAAUGCUAUUCAAGGAAAUAUGGACUGAAAAUCCAUAUACGAACGCAUACUGGAUAUAAACCAUUAAAAUGUAAAUAUUGCUUAAGGCCAUUUGGUGACCCCAGUAACUUGAAUAAACACGUCAGAUUACACUCAGAAGGGGAAACACCUUACAGAUGUGAACUUUGCGGAAAAGUUUUAGUUCGAAGACGUGACCUUGAAAGACAUUUAAAAUCGCGGCAUUUGCGAGAAAUCCACCCCGAUUCUAGCACAACAAUUGAAGCACAAACAGCUAUUAGCAGCGAUGACGAUUUGAAACACACAACUACAAGUAGCUGACCCUAUCAUUAAUUUAUUUUUCUGUGAUUUUGCAUCGUCUGUAACAUAUAGUUUAUACCAAAAGGUACUUAUUUAUAUUUAUAAUUUAAGGAUACAACUACCGGUAUGUACCCAUUGGGUAAGGCGGUAAGAUAUGAUCGAAAAUGAAUGAAAUAUGUAAUAUUUCUGUAACUGUCUUGUAAUGUAAAUAUUUGAAAUCAAAUUGUACAAUUAGAGUGAAGUUCUGGAAACUAAUAAUUACAAUCCAAUGUACUGUGUAAUAUAUUGUAAAUAUACUUAAUAGUUUUGCAUUUAAAUUUAGUAUUUUAAUCUAUACCAUU